UGCCGCAAAGCUCUGCGCUUAAAAGGGCUCCCCAUCUGCUACUCUUCCCGACGCCGCUGUCUGAAGGCAGAUGAACGCCGCGAGCUCCACCGCUCCGCCGGUGCUCCUCCCCUCCCAUCAACACCGUCUCCGGAGGGCGUCGCUCGUGUUCUCCUCGCUCGUCCUCAAGCCCCGCCCUCCCCUAUCCAUAUCCUCCUCCCUCUUCGGACACCGCCGCCGCCGCGGCCCCCCCGACCCUAAAUCCUCCUCGCACGACCGAAACCUCGAGGUCGCCAUCGAUCCCAGCGCCAUCGCCGCCCGGGCCUCGGCGGCCGCGGGGCGCCUCCGCCGUUUAUCGGAAGAGAGACUCCGCCGCUUCCUUUCUGCCGGCGAAGAGGCCUACCACGAUCUCCGGACAUCCGUCAGGGUCGACCGAUCCCGCAACCGCGUCGUGUUCUCAUGCCGCGAGUCCUCGCUUCUCUUCGUUUCGAAUCUGUUCCUCUGGAGCUUCGUUGCCAUCCUCGCUGCCAGAGCUCUUGUUUGGCUGGGGUUAGGGUUCCGGUCGCGCUGGAGGUUCGGUGAUUGGGCUGUGAUUAAGAGAGAUCGAAGUCUGGGCGGAAGGGAGGUUGUUGUCGGCAGGAGUUUUAGGGGGAGGGACUGGAACAAGAAGAGUUUCACGGUUUCGAGAAGUCCUCUUUCGCCUGUGAGAGGGACUGAGUUGAAGACCGUAGAGAAUGUGGCUAAAAUUCGGAGGGAGAAGCAGGAGAAGCUGCCCGAGUGGUGGCCAGAUUCAAUACCUGCACCGGUGAUUGUGGCAGGAAAGCAGGAUUACCAGAGGGAGGUUGAUAGGCUAGUCCGAGCGAUAUUGGAUUAUAGAAUGAGCGGGAAGGACUAUAGAUAUGAUGAUAUAAUCCAACUUCGUGAGAUAUGCAAGGUGUCUGGUGCAAGGGCCUCUUUUGAAACAGCUAAUGCACGUGAUUCCUUUUAUCGAGCAUCUGUGGACUUUGUUCUUAACUCAUGCAGCAGAGCAAUAAUACCAAGUGACAAGCCUCAAAUUGGCGGCGAGGAUGUCAGACAAUUUAUUGCUGGGCUUGCCGUUAACAUUGGACUUACUAACUCCCGUGCUAUUACACUUGUAAGUGCAGCUGUUGCAGCUCGCACUCGUUCAUGUUUUCUACAAUGUUGGGCAUUGGAAGUUCAGGGAAAACGAACUGAAGCUCUGGAGGAAUUAUUAAAGAUUUGUCUUAUCCAUCGGACUUUCCCACCAGAAGAACACUCUGCGGAAAUGGAGAUGGUAGGUAGUGGUCUCAAAAGACAUCUAACCAUAGAACAAAGGAAGCACUUGCUUAGUCUGUACAAAGAAACUUGUGGUGCUGAUGAUCACAGAUCUAUAGUGGAAGCUCUGGGUCUGGAGCGGUAGCAAUGUACGACUCUCAAACCUGUGGGAUAUCCAUCCUGGGAAAAUUUUGAUGAAUUUGUGGAUUUUUUUUUUCUCGCCAGACAACAUGACAGCAAAUUCAAAGUGGGAUGCAGUAUCAUGAUUAUCUUCAAAUAACAUGAUGAGUAACAUUUGCUGAGAUUCGUACCUAUCUUUUCCUCCUGUAGAAGUCAAAGGCAUGACACAGGUUAGAAGGCACAUUCAGUGGCUGGGAAAUCUAUAAAGGACCAAAAUAAGGAGGUAGACAUCUCUGCCUCUUUUCGGAUCGGUUGAAGAUUUAUAUGUACCUAAAGAUGAUUGUAGUCUUCAUUUCUUUGCACUUGUCAUAUAAUACAUGAUUGGUUGUUAAAUUAUCUCAAUUCAUUUGAGCUUCCUUUUCAGUCUUUGUACCACUACAAUGGUUUCUUUUGAUUUGAUUCACAACUUGUUGUUUAAUGCGCACUUCAGAGAGUUGUAUAAUACAUGAUUGGUUAUUAAUUAGCUCAGUUUAAAUUCUCGCUUUC